UGCCUACGCCACAGCUCAUCAAUUACACUUUUUAGUCGUAAAACUUGUUACAAUAAAUUCAUUUUAAAGUAAACACUUUUUGCACAAAAGGUGCUCAAAAAAUGCGUUCAAUAAGCAUAAUGUAGGGAUUAGAACAUUGACGGACUAGCUUUUAAAAGUGAUUUUGCCCCAGCUGUACACAUUUUAAAAUCGGUAGAAACCACCCAUUUGGAUUUGUUAUUAGUAUUUAUUAAGGAAUUUUCUUGAAUACAACUAACAGGUGUUUGCAAAAAUAUGGAUCCGUUAAGACAAAUUAAGACAAGCCAUUGUGCAAAAGCUGGUGAGUCUAUUUACGAUAGUUUAGGAAAUAUUUGAUGGUAAGUUGAGCACAAUUUUUUGACCGCACGAUAGUGGCUGUUUGUUGCGUAUUUUUGAUUUUAUGGAGGAGGGAAACUUUAUUCUGAGACAGACCACACACUAAACAUUAUAAGAAACGCUUCCAUCGGCUUACCGAUUUUCGAAAAAGAGUUCCUGCCUCGGGGCUAAGACACAGUUUGGAAAGAUGAAUAGGAAAAUGAUGGUGGAAUUUGACGUUGAGUUCUACAUUUCAAGUUGUAGAUCUAUCGUAAAGGCCUUCAUAAUUUACAAAUAAUCAAUAAUGACUCAAUAUUUUAUGACAGUUACUCAAUAUUUCUUUGACUCGUAGUUUCAUGUUUUAUCGUAAUGUAUUCAGGUUCUUAUAUAUUUCCUGUAGCUUACCGUGAAACAUCUUGAAACCAUUAUUUGCACUUUGCGUUUAAAAGUUAAAAUUGCGUUUUGUCCCAAAGUGGAAAUAAAAAUACUUAAUGAGAUAUUUUCCUGAUUAGUUUGGUGGGUAACAUACAAUAUGAAUUCCGGAUUUGUUUUCUUUCACAACUCAGUGAUGCCGCCUCAAAUAUGACGUUUUGUUAAUCUUGUUACUAUUGUGGGAAAGUUUUUCAUGUGGGGCCUCAUUUCUACCUGUUUUUUUGUCUCACUUUGAUUAUCCUUUCAAAAAAGUCAGCCUUUGCCCCUGCUUAGAAGUGUACACCUGACAAAACAUAAUUACUUCACUGAACCUUUUUCUUCCGCUUGUAGAGGUGGGUGUCGCGGAGGGACACAGGCGUCUGUCUGCAGCAAGGCGAGUGGCCAGUAGGAGGGACAUCCCGUGAGCUCUGAGGGUGUCAACCGCAGAUUCGCUACAGCGUCGUCUUGGUCUUCCUUUGGCUCUCCAGUCAGAGUAUCUGAUGUUAUAUGCCCUCAGAGGAGGGACAAAACAUAAAGAGCAUAAAGAUUUUUUUGCAAGUUUUGCUCCCUCAUCAACUCGAAAAAGAUCGUCUUGGCGGCUGGCUACUUCCAUCCUGAGGGUCAAAGACAACCGCGGAAUGUUUGGGACACGUUCGUAGAAAGAGGUGACGAGACACUACAAACACAUUGCAACCCAAUUUUAAAGUCAGACGCACAUAUUUUGCUCGCAAAGCGAACAGCUAAAUCUUAAAAACUAAACAGUACUGCACUGAAACCUCAAUAUUAUAACACACAAAGAUAUUUCACAGUGCACACUCCCACUCGGAUUCAGCGGUUUGAUUCGGGACCAAACACAUUUUCCUUCUAGGGAGUGGCAAAAACUAUUAUUUGAUAACAAUACUGCCGAUUCGACCUUUUGAUCGUGAAAUACAGAUGCGUUUGAUUUGAAGGUCACCGUUGACUUUAGUUGGUUUUGGUCGCAUUAUAGGUGCACCUACCUGUAAAAAAUACCCACAGUCAACGCAAAAAAGACGAAAAACAACAACAGAAAAACGUAAAAAGGAAAAAGGACGCAGCUUUGUUAUGUUCUUGUCUUUUCGAAAGAGCUGCAUUUUAAGAAUUACCGUAAACAUCUAAAAUCUGCAUGAUUUUUAGCACUAAAAUUCGUACUAUGAUACCACCUAGAGGGACACAUUCUCUUUGUCCGAGAACGAUUCCUCCGAGGCUUGCUUUACUUAGGAGACAAUAAAAAAAACCCCCAAACAAACAAUAACACGGACGUUCGUUUUUCAAGUGACCUAGCCUAGUUAGAAAUACAAUUGAUAUUUCAAUCUUCUUCUCUCUUUUGUUAGCCCAAAAACCUCUCCCGUUAUCGCUGUUUUCGAAAGAAAAAGUGGGAAUUUCCAGCCAAAAGUUAAGUGUCUCUCACAUCAUCUGUAAGUUUCACACUGUAUUUCGAAAUCAGGUAGACAGUGACAGAAAGGCAACACAGAGAGUAUAAAACACAGGUACCACUUUUGUCUUCUGUUUUUCUAUCUACCGACGUAGACGUUAACAGCCGCCAGGUCAGAUCGUCGUCACCGUUGACAGCAAAGUAAAUUAUGACAACGAAAGUUUUUCUCCUCCUCCUGGUGGCCUUGGCUGCUCCACUGACCGACGGACUUCGAUGCAAAAAAGUGGACGCAUUCCUUAGAGUGAACGAAUGUAUAGGGUGCGAAAACAACGACGCUUUGCCCCUGUUCGACAUUUUUUUCGGUUAUUCAUACUUGAGAGUCCAAACGUCAUUUUUGCAAUUGGCUUCAACACUCCCAGACGACUUAUGCUUGAACGAUGGCGCUUUGCUGGCAGGGGCAAAGAAGACUAUUGCCUGCUUGUACGCGGAGGCGAGUCUCUGUAAUCAUGUUUUGAAAACCAGUUUUCCAUCUGAGGAGAAACUUGCCAACUUCGUUACCGAAAGUUGCCAACUGCCAGAUUCUGAUCGGUUCUGCUUUCUGGCUGUGGUCCGGUCUGACAGAGUUAACAAGGGCUGUGAUAAUUUCUAUGGCUCCGACUGCGAUGAAUGGGCCAACGUGACGUCCUGUGUCGAGAAUGAGGUGAAGAGAGAGUGCAGCGACAACAUGGUCAGCUUUUACAAGAGGCAUGUCGCAGACCUCACACCUGACGCUUGUUUGAAAACCACUUUCAUUCCUUUUACUUUUGCUUCUCCUUGAUCCUUAAUAAUUCUGUAAUUCCUUCUGCCUGCUAUCCAAUGGUGAAAAAAGGAGAAUAACAACAACAACAACAACAACAACAACAACAACAACAACAACAACAACAACAGCAGCAACACCAACACG